GGAAGGAUUUCCCCUUUAACAGAGCAGGGUACCCUUCUGCAGAGCCUUCUGUCUCAAGACCCCUGGGGUCAGGGGGAUGGCCUCAGGUGGGGCAGAUCACACAUUGUGAGGAUGACCAGUCCUCUGGAGCAGGCGUUGGCUACAAUUAUAUCCAGCUUCCAGAGACAUGCUGAGCGCUUCGGGGACAAUUAUACGCUCUGCCAGGCGGAGCUCAAGGAGCUGGUACAGACGGAGCUGCCCACCUGGACCCCGACGGGCCUUCGGGAGUGUGACUACAAUAAAUUGAUGAGUGUCCUGGACACCAACAAAGAUCAGCAGGUGGACUUCGCGGAGUACAUGAACAAGCUUGCCUGCCUCUGCAUCUACUGCCACGAAUACUUCAAGAACUGCCCCCCAGAAGCCCCCUGCUCUCAGUAAUGGGCAGGGCUGCCCUGGGGCAGGGAUCUGGGUCUGCUUAGGACCUGCUCCAUCUCUGCCCUGAGCUGUCCUGGGUCUGUCAGCUCCCCUUCCCUCCUCGUGUCCCCUCCAUCCAGAAUCUCCCAGGUUUGCCCCUAAUCUGUGAACCCAUUUAUCUGUGAGUCCAGGAGGCAUGAGGGGACCUCCCCAAGGAUCUCAGUGAGUGACCAGUAGAGCAGCCAGCCGCUGCCUCCUCACUGUGGCCCAUGUUGGCUGGAGGCGGGGAUCUGCUUUGAGACUGUCCAGGCCCACAGAGUAUGUGCAGGAAUGAGACCAUGGCGAGAAAGGUCCUGUUUCUCUCCUAAUAAAGA